CUUUGUGCCUCACUCUUCUCUUACACCCGGGGAGUCAAGUCUGGAUCUUCUGCUCCAUAUUUAUUUAGCAAAUAAAACACUGAUCUCAAACAGCAACGGAACCUGUGUACUUGAGGUGUUUUUUGAAAACUAAUCAGAAGAGGAAUGCUUAUCUCCCAAGAAAAUUGAAACCAUCUGUAAAAGAAUCUUGGCUGUGCUGUGUUUUGAUUAGAUUGAAGCUUGGUGUAAAGAGAAAACACAAAAGACCGCAGAAUAUUUACAACAUUUGAAUUCCUGUUUCUCCAUCAAAGCACAUUGUCAUCAAAGCUACUUUGGGGAUAGAAAAAAGGUCAAUUCCAAUUCCCAGGAAUCCCUAACCACAACUUUACUUGGAAAUUUCCAGUAAUACUUAAAACACCAUUUUGCAGCAAUUCUUUAUGAUAAACUGUAAAAUGCAGUUACCCGAAAAUGACUGAUAAAUCAAUCAUCAUUCUGAGCCUGAUGCUUUUUCACAGCUCUUUCAUAAAUGGAAAAACAUGUAGACGGCAAUUGGUGGAAGAAUGGCAUCCACAACCCUCAUCAUAUGUGGUAAAUUGGACACUAACAGAAAACAUCCGCUUGGCCUUCUACAGAGAUUGCUGGUUUUUGGGUGUAAACACUAAAAUAGAUACUUCAGGCAAUCAAGCUGUUCCCCAGAUUUGCCCUUUGCAAAUUCAAUUAGGAGAUAUCCUUGUAAUUUCUUCUGUACCAUCUCUUCAAUUUCCAGAAAUAAAUUUGAUGAAUGUUUCUGAAACAUCUUUCGUUGGCUGUGUGCAAAAUACCACAAUGGAAGAUCAGUUACUUUUUGGUUGCAGACUAAAAGGAAUGCACACUGUUAAUUCUAAGUGGCUGAGUGUUGGGACACAUUAUGUUAUCACAGUUAUGGCAAGUGGUCCAUCACCUUGUCCACUGGGACUUCGACUAAAUGUGACAGUGAAACAGCAGUUCUGCCAGGAAUCUCUGAGUUCAGAAUUUUGCUCUGGUCAUGGUAAAUGUCUUAGUGAAGCUUGGAGCAAGACAUAUAGCUGCCAUUGCCAGCCUCCAUUUUCUGGAAAAUACUGCCAGGAACUUGAUGCAUGUUCUUUUAAACCAUGUAAAAAUAAUGGCAGUUGCAUUAAUAAAAGAGAAAAUUGGGAUGAGCAAGCAUAUGAAUGUGUCUGUCACCCACCAUUUACAGGAAAGAAUUGCUCAGAAAUAAUUGGCCAAUGUCAACCACAUGUCUGUUUCCAUGGAAACUGCAGCAAUAUUACUUCAAAUAGUUUCAUUUGUGAAUGUGAUGAGCAAUUUGCAGGUCCGUUCUGUGAGGUGUCAGCAAAACCUUGUGUUUCUCUGCUUUUUUGGAAAAGAGGAAUUUGCCCAAAUAGCAAUUCUGCUUAUACUUAUGAAUGCCCAAAAGGAUCUUCCAGCCAAAAUGGUGAAACUGAUGUCAGUGAGUUUUCAUUAGUACCAUGUCAGAAUGGUACUGACUGCAUCAAAAUAUCAAAUGAUGUUAUGUGCAUCUGUUCACCAAUAUUUACAGAUUUGCCUUGUAAGAGCAUUCAAACAUCAUGUGAGUCAUUUCCUUUGAGGAAUAACGCUACAUGUAAGAAAUGUGAGAAAGAUUAUCCUUGCAGCUGUAUAUCAGGAUUUACUGAAAAAAACUGUGAGAAAGCAAUUGACCACUGUAGACUGCUGAGCAUCAACUGUCUGAAUGAAGAAUGGUGUUUCAAUAUAAUUGGAAGAUUCAAAAAUGUAUGCAUUCCAGGGUGCACAAAAAAUCCAUGUUGGUUUUUGAAGAAUGUUUACCUAAUUCAUCAACACCUCUGCUACUGUGGAGUCACCUUCCAUGGUAUUUGCCACGAUAAAGGUCCUGCUCAAUUUGAAUACAUGUGGCAAUUGGGAUUUGCAGGAUCUGAAGGUGAAAAGUGCAAAGGGGUUAUUGAUGCCUAUUUCUUUCUGGCUGCAAACUGCACUGAAGAUGCAAUCUAUGUGAAUGAUCCUGAAGAUAAUAAUUCUUCAUGUUGGUUCCCAUGUGAAGGCACAAAAGAGAUUUGCGCAAAUGGAUGCAGUUGUUUGAGUGAAGAAGACAGUCAGGAAUAUCGGCAUCUAUGUUUUCUCAGAUGGGCUGGCAACAUGUAUCUGGAAAAUACAACUGAUGAUCAGGAAAAUGAGUGUCAACAUGAAGCUAUUUGUAAAGAUGAAAUUAAUAGACCCAGGUAUUUAUGUAUCAUUUGAGCAGAUAAUAUCACAUAUCAAAAAGUUAUAAUUAAAUUGAUAGUCAUCGAACUGUUUUCAUGGUAACAAUGUUUUUGUUGAUUAAAAUGAUUGGAAUUUCCACAACAAACACUUACAUAUACAUAUAU